AUGAAUGAAAUUCGUCAAUUAUGUACAACAUCUUCAUCACCUGAUAAACAUCUCGAUGAGAUUCUUGCUCUUUUUAAUGCAUGUCCACCGCAACAUCUUCUUUCAUCAUUAUCAUUGAUUGGUCAAUCGAUAUCGUGUAUGUCAAUUGAACAAUUAGAUAUAAAUAUAGUAAAUCAUCAAAUAUUUCUUAUUAUACGACAAUGGUCUGAACGUUUACUACAAUUAUGGUUAGUUAACGGUACAUUAAAUGGUAAUGAAUAUCGAGCUAUGUUUUAUAUUCAUCAAUUAUUUAAACUUUUAUCUGAAUGGUUAAUUGAACAAGAUAAUAUCGCUUGCAAUAAUAAAAAUAAAGAUUUAUUAAAAUCUACUAUGAAUGAUUUAUUUAUUGAGGAGAAUUUUAUUAAUACACUAUGUCGUAUUAUUAAUCAAUUAAUUAAAAAUGAAAAUGAUGAACAAAGUAGUUUAGUAACAAGUCGUAUUUCUGAUGAUGAAGAUCAUCUAUCGCCUGACGAUAUUCAACUUCAAACUGAAACAUCCGACAUCCAAGCUGAACAAGCCGAUGUGAUUGAUGUUUUAUUUCGUUGUGUCAACUGCCUAUUGAAUCUUUAUAGUCAUCGAAUUUUAAUAAAUAACUCAAUAGUUCAUGAAAACUUAACACCUUGCAUAAUCAAUUGCCUUAACACUCCAUUAUUUAUUCAAUUGUCAACCGAACUCUUACGUCAAAAUAUGACAAGCGAUAAAAUCAAUAUACGAUCAAUAUUUCUUUUAUUUACAUGUCUCGAUUAUUGUACCGUAUCAACAAAAAUAACGUCAACAUUACAAAUAUUACCAUCAGUAAAUAAAAUUUUUCAUAUAUGGUGUGAAAUGCCACAGAAUUCGGAUGAUGAUAUAUCAUUUUUAAUUAUUCGUCUUAUUGCUUUUGUUAAUCAAUUAGUAUUAGUUAAUAAAGAAGCAAUUAUACGAGAAAAUAUUUGUGCAUCUCUCUUACCACAUUUUGAAAUCUUGUGUCAAGCACCAAAUUUAAUUGAUGAUAUUUCUUCAUUACUUGUUACAAUAUGUUCAACAAAGAACGGUAAACGACAUUUACGUCAUUUAGGUUUUGUUCAACAUAUUCUAUAUGAAACAAAACGUUGUGUUCAACUUUGGCAUCCGUUAUCACUUUUACUAACUCAACACGAUUUAUAUCAAACAUCACUUUUUAAACGACUCAUUCAUCUAUUAAUUCAACGGACUAUAAAUAUAUUUCAAUCAUUAGCAUCAACAUCCAAUGAUACAUCAUUCGAUUCGACAUCUCCAUCAUCAAAAAAUCAAAUAGCUACGACGGCCAUUGAAUGGUUUGUUUUAUUGCGUUCAAGUUUUUUAUCAUUUUCAAUAGUUGUUGAUGAAUUAAUUGUUUCAACAAAAAAAGUUAAUAUGAUAAAUACGUUAAUUGAUACAAUUUUAUUUAUCGAACAAGACGAUGAUAUAUCACCAAAAUUACUGGAGAUUAUGAUUGAAGUUCUAUGGACGUUUUCAUUUAGUACAUCCACGAAUAUUCAUGAUAAUUUACAACAACAUGUUAAUCUAUGUCGAUGGUUAAAAUCGAAAAUUACCGAUUCUAUUCCAAGUGUACGAAUUGCAUCACAAGCAAUAGUUUUUACUUUAGAUUCCAACACUAAAAACUUAAUUCGUGCAACAGGUAAUCGUGAUUCUACAACACCUAAAAAUAUUCUUAUCUGCAUAUUCAAUGCUGAUGAAUCUCACCAUGAAUUAUGCGUAACGCUUCGUGAUCGUCUUCAACUCGAACAACAAUAUUCCGUUGAACUUAUCGUCACACCAAAAUGUCAAUCAAUUGACGCAUUAAUUCGUUUUAUUAAUUGUUCAUCACUUUGUCUUUUUUGUGCAAGUACAAAAAUGAAAAAUGAUAAUUUAUCACAUUUUCUUUAUCAUUACAUAUCGAUUCAAACUCAAAAAAUUCCUUUAUUAAGAAUUCUUAUUGAAUAUGAAUGUGAACUUGAGGGAAAUUGGCUUGAAAAUAUUCCAAUUGUUGAUAUACAAUCAAUAUUUAAGGAAAUUCGACGUUAUUUAAAUCCUACUGAUGACACACAUACACGAAUUUCAAGUCGAACAAGUCUUAUUUCAUCUGUUAGUAAUGCACGUAAUAGAAAUCCCGAUGAACUAGGGAAUCAACCACAUGAUUAUACACAACUUCCUGUAUCUUAUUGGUCAGCAUAUGAUGUCAGUCGAUGGUGUGAAGCAGCAGAAAAUAAAUUUGAUACAUUACGACCGUUAGUUACACGCCUAAACGGUUCAGCACUUGUUAAUCUUGCUGAAAUUAUAUCGAUAGAACCAGCAUCAAUGUAUCAUAGUUUAAAUGAUGAGCUUCAACAGCGAACUGGUCUAACUGUUCCAUUAACAGAGUAUGUUUCUUUACAAAGUGAAUUACAACAUUUACUUAAACAAACGCCAAAUGAAUAUUUGAUUGCGAAUUCUAUAGAUAAUAAUCUAAAGAGAAAAAAAUGUAAAAAUAGCCGUUUUUGUUCGUUAUUUUGA